GCGGCCCGGGCGGGCCGCGCCUCUGUGGGGAGGGCGGCGAGCGGGCGGCCUGAGCUCACCCGGCCGCCGCCAUCGGCGCUCCCCGGCGCGGCGCCACCUGCUGGCGGGGAGGCGGCGGCGCCGCGCGCUGGGGCUGGCGUCACGGCAGCGGCGUUCGACGCCGCUGUGACGCCAGCCCCGGCGUGCGACGUCACGCGUUGUUAGAACGAGAGGAGCGGCCGAGCCGUUAGGGGCGUUAGGUGAGCGGUCUGGUCACCGCAGACCUCCCCGGCCCGGCCGGCGCCUUUGCGGGCGGAUUUGGAAAGGCGGCUCUUUGCUGCCCCACAGCCGUUCGGUGGGACGAAGCCUCAGUCACUGGCAUCGCAGGUCGUCAAAAUAAAAACCGCCAGGGCUCAACAGAGCCGAGGGUGUUCGCUGGCGGCCUGAUACGCCCUGAACCGCAGCGGCCCUGCGCAGAAGCGUGCCUGCGCUACCCUUUUCUGGCACAGGAAAGCGGACAGAGACUAGGACAGGAAGGUUCCAUCUUCUAUUCUUGCUGGUCCUGUGCUAUUUUGUGCUAUUUUGAUGAUCCACAUUUAUUUGAAAGGCACAGUUGGACUACAGAUUUGACAUCUAAGUGGAUAGGUACCUCUGAAUAAAAAGCCAUCACUGUACUGUGAGUGAAAGCAAGCAGGGUCCUUGGAGAACGUGCUGCACUAAAUAACUGAAUUAAGCACGGAAGAAAAUUAACUGUUGGAACAGUGGAAAAGUGCCCACUGUUGACCUUGCUGAAGUCUGGAGAAUAGAGAUCUCGGAGGUGGUGGAAGGGACUCAGUGCAGACUGCAAGCCACAGAGGAUGCAGACCUGAACUGUUUCUGAUAUCUUCCGCUGUUCUCCCAUACACAUAGUGCUGUUCGGCCAGGCAGCAUUGCUGCAACCUGCAGGCCAAUGGAUGAACUGGACGUUGAUUUUAAAAAAUGGUGGGCAAAUCUUUUGGUUAGGGCAAAGAAAAAAGCUGGGGAUGCUGAGGCAGCGAAUAAGGUUCAGAACGCUGCAACAAGAAGCGAAUUAAAAAGAGGCAAAGCUGCUCCUAAGAGCGAAGUCCAUCAUCGCUUUCCGGUAGUGAAGGGCAUACUCUGGCCUCAAAAAUUGUAUCUUAAGAAGCUAACAAGGAUGCAGAAAGAUGAUGAUGAUGCUGUGGCUUGUAGUAGUGGUGGGACUUCACAAGAAGAUGGAAGGAGAAACACUUUCCCUGCCAGCCAGCUGGGCACAGUGGCCAGUGACUCUACCCAGAGGACUCUCACAGUGAGUGCUCCGAGUGGCUGUUCCCAGACUACAUUAUCCUUCCAUUCUGCUGCAAAACUGGAGACCUGCUCUUCACCCAUCUUGAAGACACCGCUGUUGUCCGGGUCUAAGGCGCGGGUAGCAGAGCUGGUAGUGGAGAGAAUGCAGCAGUUCAAGAGAGUGGCACCUGAGCAGCUAAAACACAGCCUGGAUGACAGCUUGCCAAAGGCUGUAGCCGGUGGGAGUUUCCCUGAUGAAAGUGAGGAACAGAAUCCACCAGAGAAUGGUACCCCCGAUCUUCCAUCCACAGAGCAUGAUGGUGCUUUGGCUUUGGCCCUUCAGCAGGAAAUCAAGGAGGAAGUCCCUGAAAGCCUGGAGGAGGAAGGCUUGUUUUUUUGUCAGAUCUGCCAGAAGGAUCUCUCGGCCAUGAACACGACACGACGAGGGCAGCAUGUUAACAGGUGUCUGGAUGAGAUAGAAGAAGCAGAGAUCUCCUCCUCCAGCAAACCAACAAUCCCUGAAUGUCCCAUCUGUGGGAUGCAGUUCCAAACUCCACAGAACCGAGCCACUCACUUGAAACGCUGUGCUGUCAAGAUGGCUGUUUCUCCUAAGAGGCUGCUGCAGGCAGUGCAGUUGCAGAUGUCCACGCAUGGUGGUGCACCUCUUCAAUAUCCCAGCAAUCAACCAAGCAGGUCAAAGCGUAAAGGAUCCUCCAAAGAGGACUCAAAGCAGAAGAGGGCCAAAAUGAAGACUAAGGAUGAAGAUUUGCAGGUUGCUAUGGCAAUGUCACGCUCUCUGUUGGAGCAAGAAAAGCGGGAACAAGCAGCGUCAGUUACAGACGUGAAACCAGUGGCUGCUUUGCCAAUCAAAUGGAAGCCAGGAUCAGAGAAGAAAGGGCGUAAAAGAGGCCCAACUGCACCUCCACCACUACUGCUUCAGGAUCCAGAGACAGCCCGCAAAAGGAUCGAAGAGCGAGUAGCCACGGUGCUUGUAGAAGACGUGGAAUUCCCUCCUACCCCUCAGCUUCCCACCAGUAGUAUUUUGGAGGAUGGAUCUGGGAAAGCAGCCUGGCUCAUGCCAUUGCCCAAAAACAAGGACUCAUCUUUAUGGAAUAGCAGUGCUCUAACAGGACCCCGUGACCCUGAAUUGUUCUACACUGCUGGAUUAAACCCUCCAGUUGUACCUGUGCAGAGUUCUAAGUCAGAGAUUGUUCUGCCAUCAGUGGGAUCUGAUCAGCCAGAAGUGUCCCAGGAAGUUGAUUCUGACCUCAGUUCGCGUGAUCCUGCCUCUGUAGAGGUUGGAGGCCAAACUUCUGAUGAAUCCAAGUCAGGCCCUGAAGAAGAUGGACAGGUUUCAUUUGAGAGCCAGGAUGUUCAGACCCCGCAGGACCUGGUUGAGUUGGCCAGGGAAGGACUUACUCUUACUCAGGGGAACCUUGAUGUUAACCACGUUCAGGAAGCAGAGCAGUCAAGAGAAGAAACGACUUCCGGUGAUACUCCACUUAGUGGCUUUGUCCCUCCAUCCAAAGAGAAGAGAAUUCUGAGAAGCAGCUCUGAGAGAUUCUCCCUCGGGUUGCUGUCUGCAGAUUUCGGUGCAAUGGUCAACAACCCCCACUUAAGUGAUGUCCAGUUUCAGGUGGACUCUGGGGAAGUCCUUUAUGCCCACACGUUUGUGUUGUAUGCACGGUGUCCUCGGGCUGUUCAAAUUGUUCACAACGAAGGGUUCUUAGUGGAAGAGGAUGGGAAUGCGCAGACACGCCGUGUGCUGCUGAGCGAUGUGACAGAAGAGGCAGCCUGUGCAUUCCUGCAAUACCUUUACACUGCUGAUGCUGACAUCCCUGCCAGGAUGCUGCCCCAGGUGGGGGCUCUGGCUGCCAGGUUUGGUGUAGGGGAACUGAUGGCCAAGUGUGAAAACAGCACUGGAGAGAGCCAGGUGUCUUCUGGAGUGGAUUCAGAAGACUUGUCUGAACAAGAAGAGAAAAUGCAGAGUAUAAAUAGGUGCAAAAAUGUGAAUGCCGCACAAGUUUUGUCAUCACCGCUCAUCAGAACUCGGGAUGUUGCAGUUCAGGGCAAAAUAGAGGCUGAUGUUAUUGUUAUAUCUUCUGAUGAUGAAAUGGAGUUAGAACAAGAGAAGAAGUCAUCAGAGUCAGGCUGUCCCCUGAAGGAAAUGGAAAUCCCCAGGCAGCUGAAAUGUGCUGAUGUUAUUGUUAUAUCUUCUGAUGAUGAAAUGGAGUUAGAACAAGAGAAGAAGUCAUCAGAGUCAGGCUGUCCCCUGAAGGAAAUGGAAAUCCCCAGGCAGCCGAAAUGUGCUGAUGUUAUUGUUAUAUCUUCUGAUGACGAAACGGAGUUAGAACAAGGUCCUGAGAUACCAAAACCUGAACAUAACUCAUCAUCAGUCACUGAAACAAAGCAGAGAUCAUCCCAGGUCUCAUGUGGCAUUACAGAUGCAGUACAUGCAGCAGAUAACAGGGUGACUGAGAUAAAGGACAGUGAAGAAGAAAGAAGUCUAGUUUCUGUGAGUAGUGGCUCGCUUGGUGAUGAGCCCCCGAUCCCUGUUGAUGACGGCUGGCAUGCUGAAUAUCUGUCACCAGUCAGAGGUGACAGCUGGAACACCAGCCGGGUUAGCCAUGCAAGUGCCAGCACUGCCAGUAGCCCCAGAUCUGACUUCUGGCCUGACCGGUGGGAGAGCCCAGUCCAAGCAGAGGGAAUUAAGGACAGUACCCCUCUUCGAGGAAGUCCUCGUGACAGAACAACAACUUUGCUUCACCUUGAUGAAUGUGCCUCAACAGGACUCUUUUCAGAGGGCAGUAGCCUAAGUGGCCGGAACUCCAAGUUCUGGGAUGACUUGGAUAAAGAAGAAGAGGAGGAAGAACUCCCAGUGAUGCUUCAUCUGAUUCAGAAUGUGUCAGCUGCAGCAGGUGCCUGUCAGACAGAGCCUGUAAAGACUCCUGGACCUGCCUGUCAGGAGAGGGACAAACCGCCUGAGACUCCCAUGACACCAAUGCCAGCUUGCUCCACCAUGGAGACCCCAGAGCUGAAGGAGGAGUUGAGCAGCAAUCAACCAAGCAGGUCAAAGCGUAAAGGAUCCUCCAAAGAGGACUCAAAGCAGAAGAGGGCCAAAAUGAAGACUAAGGAUGAAGAUUUGCAGGUUGCUAUGGCAAUGUCACGCUCUCUGUUGGAGCAAGAAAAGCGGGAACAAGCAGCGUCAGUUACAAACGUGAAACCAGUGGCUGCUUUGCCAAUCAAAUGGAAGCCAGGAUCAGGAGAAGAAACGACUUCCGGUGAUACUCCACUUAGUGGCUUUGUCCCUCCAUCCAAAGAGAAGAGAAUUCUGAGAAGCAGCUCUGAGAGAUUCUCCCUCGGGUUGCUGUCUGCAGAUUUCAGUGCAAUGGUCAACAACCCCCACUUAAGUGAUGUCCAGUUUCAGGUGGACUCUGGGGAAGUCCUUUAUGCCCACACGUUUGUGUUGUAUGCACGGUGUCCUCGGGCUGUUCAAAUUGUUCACAACGAAGGGUUCUUAGUGGAAGAGGAUGGGAAUGCGCAGACACGCCGUGUGCUGCUGAGCGAUGUGACAGAAGAGGCAGCCUGUGCAUUCCUGCAAUACCUUUACACUGCUGAUGCUGACAUCCCUGCCAGGAUGCUGCCCCAGGUGGGGGCUCUGGCUGCCAGGUUUGGUGUAGGGGAACUGAUGGCCAAGUGUGAAAACAGCACUGGAGAGAGCCAGGUGUCUUCUGGAGUGGAUUCAGAAGACUUGUCUGAACAAGAAGAGAAAAUGCAGAGUAUAAAUAGGUGCAAAAAUGUGAAUGCCGCACAAGUUUUGUCAUCACCGCUCAUCAGAACUCGGGAUGUUGCAGUUCAGGGCAAAAUAGAGGCUGAUGUUAUUGUUAUAUCUUCUGAUGAUGAAAUGGAGUUAGAACAAGAGAAGAAGUCAUCAGAGUCAGGCUGUCCCCUGAAGGAAAUGGAAAUCCCCAGGCAGCUGAAAUGUGCUGAUGUUAUUGUUAUAUCUUCUGAUGAUGAAAUGGAGUUAGAACAAGAGAAGAAGUCAUCAGAGUCAGGCUGUCCCCUGAAGGAAAUGGAAAUCCCCAGGCAGCCGAAAUGUGCUGAUGUUAUUGUUAUAUCUUCUGAUGACGAAACGGAGUUAGAACAAGGUCCUGAGAUACCAAAACCUGAACAUAACUCAUCAUCAGUCACUGAAACAAAGCAGAGAUCAUCCCAGGUCUCAUGUGGCAUUACAGAUGCAGUACAUGCAGCAGAUAACAGGGUGACUGAGAUAAAGGACAGUGAAGAAGAAAGAAGUCUAGUUUCUGUGAGUAGUGGCUCGCUUGGUGAUGAGCCCCCGAUCCCUGUUGAUGACGGCUGGCAUGCUGAAUAUCUGUCACCAGUCAGAGGUGACAGCUGGAACACCAGCCGGGUUAGCCAUGCAAGUGCCAGCACUGCCAGUAGCCCCAGAUCUGACUUCUGGCCUGACCGGUGGGAGAGCCCAGUCCAAGCAGAGGGAAUUAAGGACAGUACCCCUCUUCGAGGAAGUCCUCGUGACAGAACAACAACUUUGCUUCACCUUGAUGAAUGUGCCUCAACAGGACUCUUUUCAGAGGGCAGUAGCCUAAGUGGCCGGAACUCCAAGUUCUGGGAUGACUUGGAUAAAGAAGAAGAGGAGGAAGAACUCCCAGUGAUGCUUCAUCUGAUUCAGAAUGUGUCAGCUGCAGCAGGUGCCUGUCAGACAGAGCCUGUAAAGACUCCUGGACCUGCCUGUCAGGAGAGGGACAAACCGCCUGAGACUCCCAUGACACCAAUGCCAGCUUGCUCCACCAUGGAGACCCCAGAGCUGAAGGAGGAGUUGAGCAGCAAUCAACCAAGCAGGUCAAAGCGUAAAGGAUCCUCCAAAGAGGACUCAAAGCAGAAGAGGGCCAAAAUGAAGACUAAGGAUGAAGAUUUGCAGGUUGCUAUGGCAAUGUCACGCUCUCUGUUGGAGCAAGAAAAGCGGGAACAAGCAGCGUCAGUUACAAACGUGAAACCAGUGGCUGCUUUGCCAAUCAAAUGGAAGCCAGGAUCAGGAGAAGAAACGACUUCCGGUGAUACUCCACUUAGUGGCUUUGUCCCUCCAUCCAAAGAGAAGAGAAUUCUGAGAAGCAGCUCUGAGAGAUUCUCCCUCGGGUUGCUGUCUGCAGAUUUCGGUGCAAUGGUCAACAACCCCCACUUAAGUGAUGUCCAGUUUCAGGUGGACUCUGGGGAAGUCCUUUAUGCCCACACGUUUGUGUUGUAUGCACGGUGUCCUCGGGCUGUUCAAAUUGUUCACAACGAAGGGUUCUUAGUGGAAGAGGAUGGGAAUGCGCAGACACGCCGUGUGCUGCUGAGCGAUGUGACAGAAGAGGCAGCCUGUGCAUUCCUGCAAUACCUUUACACUGCUGAUGCUGACAUCCCUGCCAGGAUGCUGCCCCAGGUGGGGGCUCUGGCUGCCAGGUUUGGUGUAGGGGAACUGAUGGCCAAGUGUGAAAACAGCACUGGAGAGAGCCAGGUGUCUUCUGGAGUGGAUUCAGAAGACUUGUCUGAACAAGAAGAGAAAAUGCAGAGUAUAAAUAGGUGCAAAAAUGUGAAUGCCGCACAAGUUUUGUCAUCACCGCUCAUCAGAACUCGGGAUGUUGCAGUUCAGGGCAAAAUAGAGGCUGAUGUUAUUGUUAUAUCUUCUGAUGAUGAAAUGGAGUUAGAACAAGAGAAGAAGUCAUCAGAGUCAGGCUGUCCCCUGAAGGAAAUGGAAAUCCCCAGGCAGCUGAAAUGUGCUGAUGUUAUUGUUAUAUCUUCUGAUGAUGAAAUGGAGUUAGAACAAGAGAAGAAGUCAUCAGAGUCAGGCUGUCCCCUGAAGGAAAUGGAAAUCCCCAGGCAGCCGAAAUGUGCUGAUGUUAUUGUUAUAUCUUCUGAUGACGAAACGGAGUUAGAACAAGGUCCUGAGAUACCAAAACCUGAACAUAACUCAUCAUCAGUCACUGAAACAAAGCAGAGAUCAUCCCAGGUCUCAUGUGGCAUUACAGAUGCAGUACAUGCAGCAGAUAACAGGGUGACUGAGAUAAAGGACAGUGAAGAAGAAAGAAGUCUAGUUUCUGUGAGUAGUGGCUCGCUUGGUGAUGAGCCCCCGAUCCCUGUUGAUGACGGCUGGCAUGCUGAAUAUCUGUCACCAGUCAGAGGUGACAGCUGGAACACCAGCCGGGUUAGCCAUGCAAGUGCCAGCACUGCCAGUAGCCCCAGAUCUGACUUCUGGCCUGACCGGUGGGAGAGCCCAGUCCAAGCAGAGGGAAUUAAGGACAGUACCCCUCUUCGAGGAAGUCCUCGUGACAGAACAACAACUUUGCUUCACCUUGAUGAAUGUGCCUCAACAGGACUCUUUUCAGAGGGCAGUAGCCUAAGUGGCCGGAACUCCAAGUUCUGGGAUGACUUGGAUAAAGAAGAAGAGGAGGAAGAACUCCCAGUGAUGCUUCAUCUGAUUCAGAAUGUGUCAGCUGCAGCAGGUGCCUGUCAGACAGAGCCUGUAAAGACUCCUGGACCUGCCUGUCAGGAGAGGGACAAACCGCCUGAGACUCCCAUGACACCAAUGCCAGCUUGCUCCACCAUGGAGACCCCAGAGCUGAAGGAGGAGUUGAGCAGCAAUCAACCAAGCAGGUCAAAGCGUAAAGGAUCCUCCAAAGAGGACUCAAAGCAGAAGAGGGCCAAAAUGAAGACUAAGGAUGAAGAUUUGCAGGUUGCUAUGGCAAUGUCACGCUCUCUGUUGGAGCAAGAAAAGCGGGAACAAGCAGCGUCAGUUACAGACGUGAAACCAGUGGCUGCUUUGCCAAUCAAAUGGAAGCCAGGAUCAGGAGAAGAAACGACUUCCGGUGAUACUCCACUUAGUGGCUUUGUCCCUCCAUCCAAAGAGAAGAGAAUUCUGAGAAGCAGCUCUGAGAGAUUCUCCCUCGGGUUGCUGUCUGCAGAUUUCGGUGCAAUGGUCAACAACCCCCACUUAAGUGAUGUCCAGUUUCAGGUGGACUCUGGGGAAGUCCUUUAUGCCCACACGUUUGUGUUGUAUGCACGGUGUCCUCGGGCUGUUCAAAUUGUUCACAACGAAGGGUUCUUAGUGGAAGAGGAUGGGAAUGCGCAGACACGCCGUGUGCUGCUGAGCGAUGUGACAGAAGAGGCAGCCUGUGCAUUCCUGCAAUACCUUUACACUGCUGAUGCUGACAUCCCUGCCAGGAUGCUGCCCCAGGUGGGGGCUCUGGCUGCCAGGUUUGGUGUAGGGGAACUGAUGGCCAAGUGUGAAAACAGCACUGGAGAGAGCCAGGUGUCUUCUGGAGUGGAUUCAGAAGACUUGUCUGAACAAGAAGAGAAAAUGCAGAGUAUAAAUAGGUGCAAAAAUGUGAAUGCCGCACAAGUUUUGUCAUCACCGCUCAUCAGAACUCGGGAUGUUGCAGUUCAGGGCAAAAUAGAGGCUGAUGUUAUUGUUAUAUCUUCUGAUGAUGAAAUGGAGUUAGAACAAGAGAAGAAGUCAUCAGAGUCAGGCUGUCCCCUGAAGGAAAUGGAAAUCCCCAGGCAGCUGAAAUGUGCUGAUGUUAUUGUUAUAUCUUCUGAUGAUGAAAUGGAGUUAGAACAAGAGAAGAAGUCAUCAGAGUCAGGCUGUCCCCUGAAGGAAAUGGAAAUCCCCAGGCAGCCGAAAUGUGCUGAUGUUAUUGUUAUAUCUUCUGAUGACGAAACGGAGUUAGAACAAGGUCCUGAGAUACCAAAACCUGAACAUAACUCAUCAUCAGUCACUGAAACAAAGCAGAGAUCAUCCCAGGUCUCAUGUGGCAUUACAGAUGCAGUACAUGCAGCAGAUAACAGGGUGACUGAGAUAAAGGACAGUGAAGAAGAAAGAAGUCUAGUUUCUGUGAGUAGUGGCUCGCUUGGUGAUGAGCCCCCGAUCCCUGUUGAUGACGGCUGGCAUGCUGAAUAUCUGUCACCAGUCAGAGGUGACAGCUGGAACACCAGCCGGGUUAGCCAUGCAAGUGCCAGCACUGCCAGUAGCCCCAGAUCUGACUUCUGGCCUGACCGGUGGGAGAGCCCAGUCCAAGCACAGGGAAUUAAGGACAGUACCCCUCUUCGAGGAAGUCCUCGUGACAGAACAACAACUUUGCUUCACCUUGAUGAAUGUGCCUCAACAGGACUCUUUUCAGAGGGCAGUAGCCUAAGUGGCCGGAACUCCAAGUUCUGGGAUGACUUGGAUAAAGAAGAAGAGGAGGAAGAACUCCCAGUGAUGCUUCAUCUGAUUCAGAAUGUGUCAGCUGCAGCAGGUGCCUGUCAGACAGAGCCUGUAAAGACUCCUGGACCUGCCUGUCAGGAGAGGGACAAACCGCCUGAGACUCCCAUGACACCAAUGCCAGCUUGCUCCACCAUGGAGACCCCAGAGCUGAAGGAGGAGUUGAGCAGCAAUCAACCAAGCAGGUCAAAGCGUAAAGGAUCCUCCAAAGAGGACUCAAAGCAGAAGAGGGCCAAAAUGAAGACUAAGGAUGAAGAUUUGCAGGUAGCUGGUGGGAGUUUCCCUGAUGAAAGUGAGGAACAGAAUCCACCAGAGAAUGGUACCCCCGAUCUUCCAUCCACAGAGCAUGAUGGUGCUUUGGCUUUGGCCCUUCAGCAGGAGAUCAAGGAGGAAGUCCCUGAAAGCCUGGAGGAGGAAGGCUUGUUUUUUUGUCAGAUCUGCCAGAAGGAUCUCUCGGCCAUGAACACGACACGACGAGGGCAGCAUGUUAACAGGUGUCUGGAUGAGAUAGAAGAAGCAGAGAUCUCCUCCUCCAGCAAACCAACAAUCCCUGAAUGUCCCAUCUGUGGGAUGCAGUUCCAAACUCCACAGAACCGAGCCACUCACUUGAAACGCUGUGCUGUCAAGAUGGCUGUUUCUCCUAAGAGGCUGCCUCAGGCAGUGCAGUUGCAGAUGUCCACGCAUGGUGGUGCACCUCUUCAAUAUCCCAGCAAUCAACCAAGCAGGUCAAAGCGUAAAGGAUCCUCCAAAGAGGACUCAAAGCAGAAGAGGGCCAAAAUGAAGACUAAGGAUGAAGAUUUGCAGGUUGCUAUGGCAAUGUCACGCUCUCUGUUGGAGCAAGAAAAGUGGGAACAAGCAGCGUCAGUUACAAACGUGAAACCAGUGGCUGCUUUGCCAAUCAAAUGGAAGCCAGGAUCAGGAGAAGAAACGACUUCCGGUGAUACUCCACUUAGUGGCUUUGUCCCUCCAUCCAAAGAGAAGAGAAUUCUGAGAAGCAGCUCUGAGAGAUUCUCCCUCGGGUUGCUGUCUGCAGAUUUCAGUGCAAUGGUCAACAACCCCCACUUAAGUGAUGUCCAGUUUCAGGUGGACUCUGGGGAAGUCCUUUAUGCCCACAUGUGUGUGUUGUAUGCACGGUGUCCUCGGGCUGUUCAAAUUGUUCACAACGAAGGGUUCUUAGUGGAAGAGGAUGGGAAUGCGCAGACACGCCGUGUGCUGCUGAGCGAUGUGACAGAAGAGGCAGCCUGUGCAUUCCUGCAAUACCUUUACACUGCUGAUGCUGACAUCCCUGCCAGGAUGCUGCCCCAGGUGGGGGCUCUGGCUGCCAGGUUUGGUGUAGGGGAACUGAUGGCCAAGUGUGAAAACAGCACUGGAGAGAGCCAGGUGUCUUCUGGAGUGGAUUCAGAAGACUUGUCUGAACAAGAAGAGAAAAUGCAGAGUAUAAAUAGGUGCAAAAAUGUGAAUGCCGCACAAGUUUUGUCAUCACCGCUCAUCAGAACUCGGGAUGUUGCAGUUCAGGGCAAAAUAGAGGCUGAUGUUAUUGUUAUAUCUUCUGAUGAUGAAAUGGAGUUAGAACAAGAGAAGAAGUCAUCAGAGUCAGGCUGUCCCCUGAAGGAAAUGGAAAUCCCCAGGCAGCUGAAAUGUGCUGAUGUUAUUGUUAUAUCUUCUGAUGAUGAAAUGGAGUUAGAACAAGAGAAGAAGUCAUCAGAGUCAGGCUGUCCCCUGAAGGAAAUGGAAAUCCCCAGGCAGCUGAAAUGUCCUGAUGUUAUUGUUAUAUCUUCUGAUGAUGAAACGGAGUUAGAACAAGGUCCUGAGAUACCAAAACCUGAACAUAACUCAUCAUCAGUCACUGAAACAAAGCAGAGAUCAUCCCAGGUCUCAUGUGGCGUUACAGAUGCAGUACAUGCAGCAGAUAACAGUGUGACUGAGAUAAAGGACAGUGAAAAAGAAAGAAGUCUAGUUUCUGUGAGUAGUGGCUCGCUUGGUGAUGAGCCCCCGAUCCCUGUUGAUGACGGCUGGCAUGCUGAAUAUCUGUCACCAGUCAGAGGUGACAGCUGGAACACCAGCCGGGUUAGCCAUGCAAGUGCCAGCACUGCCAGUAGCCCCAGAUCUGACUUCUGGCCUGACCAGUGGGAGAGCCCAGUCCAAGCACAGGGAAUUAAGGACAGUACCCCUCUUCGAGGAAGUCCUCGUGACAGAACAACAACUUUGCUUCACCUUGAUGAAUGUGCCUCAACAGGACUCUUUUCAGAGGGCAGUAGCCUAAGUGGCCGGAACUCCAAGUUCUGGGAUGACUUGGAUAAAGAAGAAGAGGAGGAAGAACUCCCAGUGAUGCUUCAUCUGAUUCAGAAUGUGUCAGCUGCAGCAGGUGCCUGUCAGACAGAGCCUGUAAAGACUCCUGGACCUGCCUGUCAGGAGAGGGACAAACCGCCUGAGACUCCCAUGACACCAAUGCCAGCUUGCUCCACCAUGGAGACCCCAGAGCUGAAGGAGGAGUUGAGCAGAUCUAAAGUUCCUCCUUUCCCAAAAGACCAGAUGUUGUUAAAGCUGAAGAAGGCACUCCGAAAGAUGCGUCUGAGCAUGGAAGCUGCCUUGAAGAAUGAAAUCCCAUCUUCCCAUCCUCCCUUGCAGAAGUCCCCAGCCAAACGCUCUAGGCAGUUGGAUGCUGACUUGGAGGAUGAAAUCCCGUCUUCCCGUCCUCACUUGCAGAAGUCCCCGGCCAAACGCUCUAGGCAGUUGAAGACAGACGAGACUGCAGGUAGAAAGCGUGCCAAAGUCUCAAAUGCUGUGAGGAAAAAGAAGCAGGCUGUUGCAACUUCCUCAGUGCUCGCUGUGGGGAGUGCUGGUGAUCACUUGGUUGGACGCCCUGAAAGAGGCUAUGCAGGAGCUAAGGCCAGAAUUGAAACGACAUAUCAGUCCAGACAAGCCAGAGAGCAAAAGAGGUCAACCGUAUCUCCAGAGAGGGGCUCUCUGGCAGCUGAUGAUGAGGAGCUGAUGCUCUCAGCAUCUCAGGAAUCUUCAGCUUCUUCACUGGAUGGAAGCGACAUCUCUUUUGAGUUACAGAGUUCUUUUGCCAAUGAAUUUGAGGCCUGUGGUGUUGUGUCUGAAGAGGAGGAGGAAGAGGAGCUUCCACCUUCUCAGGCAGCUGCCCAGGAGGCAGAUAAGCUGGAGGCAGUGAGGAACUACAUCCGUUCAAAUCCAGAUCUGUACCACAAAAUCCUCUUCUAUGAGCCGCUUGAUCUGGCUGUACUGCACUCAGAGCUGAAACAGAAAGGCAUUAAGAUUUCCAAGGCAAAUCUGCAGGACUUUUUAGAUGCUCAGUGUAUCACCUUUACCACAGCUGCAGCCCGAAAAGAGAAGGAACAGAAAGGAAAGGGGAACAAAAAACAGAUGAGACGAUACUGAGUGAAGCCCUCUCCUCCAUUUCAAGAGUUUUGUACAUCGAGACCUUCCUAAUAAGCUAGAAACCCUGUUCCAGGCUGGUGCCCAAUUUGCUGGUGUGAUUGGUGGGUGAGCUGCUCCUCCUUGUGGCCUGCUGUCCAGAUGACACACGAGAAUGAAUCUGAAAUGAGUUCCUGCUCCCAUGCAGUCUGCUCCAAGUCACGCAAACUCCUCCUGUUGCUGCACUGCCUUUGGCAGAGUUUCACUGGAGCCUCUGGUUGUCUCCCCUGGUUUUCCUCCUCCUUGCCCUAUCUUUUCUUUCCAUUUUUCUUAUAGGUUUUAGGUCUCCAACUUUUCUUCCUUUUGGUGCUUCCAGAGGCAGAUGCUUCUUCCAGUGACACUUGCCCUGGGCUCAGGCUGCGAGGAGCUUCACACUUCAAGUUCCAGCAUUCAGAAGAAUAACCCACCAGCAAGAAACCAAUCCCUUUGCCCCUCUAUAAAGCACUCAGUGUUUGGACCCCAGUGACUCAGAGUCUUCAUUUAUUCAGUGUGUGAGUGGCCCUGCUGAUUGUUAAGGCAGGAAACGUUGUGGAAAUAAGAGGCCUCUCUCCUGUCCUUGGUUCGAUUUGUGGUCUCUGGUAAAACUCCUAUAGCUGUGUUUCUUAAACGGCUGCAAAACAAUGCAGCUGUUUCUCCAAUAUAUUUCUGAUGGCUCCCCAAAGUGCCCUCUGACGCCAGAUAUUGUGUGAAAGCCUUCUGGAUUCCAACAUUCAGCUGUGUGUGUUCACUCGCAUGCUGGGAUCUGUGUUAAAGAUAUCAUCUGCUCCAUUUUCUGAGGGCUGUGUUACCUUGUUGUAGCCUGACCAGAGUACAUCCCUGACAGAGAUUUUUUUUGAAGAAGACAGUAUUAUAGUGACCACUGGAUCUUUUCAGCACUUCUUGUAUCUUGAUCUAAACCCUCUUCCUUGACCAGUCUCAUUUCCAACCUGGAAUGAUCUUAGGUUGUAAACAGUAUCUGGAACUCUUGGGGACGUCUCAGACCAUAAACUGUCAUCUUUUAUGUAUGUUCUUUCAUGAACUCUUCUGACUUGCCUGUGUUUUGAGAGUUUUGAAUCUGAAAAGGGUCUCACUCGGCAAAAUGGACACAACGCUUUUAAAAAAGAAGCCAGAUUUCUAAACGUAUUUAUGUAUUUUGGAACAUAUAAAUAUUUUCUAUUUUUAAUACAA